UGCUCUAUUCCCCCCACCCCUCUAUGGAAGGAGGAGAUACAGAGUCUGAUGACUAAAACUUGUCAAGAUGUGUACUCUAUGAAGAAGACGUGAGGGCAGGAAGCUCAUUCAGAACAUGGGUUUGUGAUUGAAAACUCUCAAGAGGAACAUUACCGAGAGAAGGAAACUUGUCCUCAGGCAUUUCUCUUCUCUCACAAGCAGUCUAUGGAAGGAGAAGACAUGGGGACAUCAAAGUCAGGCAACCAAAGUUCUGCAAGUAGAACAAUUAAGAUAGCCCUGGUCAUCUUCAUAUGCGUUACAGGAAUCCUUACUUUACUGCUUGUAUUAGUCACUCAAGGACUUAUUAGCUUUCACAAGGAACGCUAUUGUUUAACUCCAGAAUGCAUUGAAGCCGCUGCUUCUAUACGAAACAAAAUGAACCUUUCUUUUGAUCCUUGUGACAACUUUUUCCAGUUUGCAUGUGGUGGCUGGAUGGAAAGUAAUCCAAUUCCUGAUGACCAAUCAAACUAUGGAAUCUAUCCUUGGUUGAGGAAUAAUGUGGACCUUAAAAUUAAAGCUCUUCUAGAGAAACCUAUCAGCAAAAGACGGGAUUCUGAGGCCACACAAAAGGCAAAGACAUUUUACAACUCCUGUAUGAAUGAAACUGAAAUUGAAGAAGCUGAUGUGAAGCCUCUAAUAAAAUUACUAAAGCAGAUGUCACUUCGCUGGCCAGUGCUAGAAUCCAACAUUGGAAGUGAAGGCAAGUGGUCGGAGAGGAAGUUUAACUUUCUUCAGACUCUAGCAGAUCUUAGGGGACAAUACAGUACCUCAGUCUUCAUACGUGUCUAUGUGGCCACAGAUGACAAAAUAUCUAAUAACUUUAUAAUAAAGUUUGACCAAGCAUCCCUAUCAUUAUUAUCUCAUGAGGAUUACCUUGAUAAUAGUACUACUGCAGCUAGAUACAGAGAUGCUUUAUUUAAAUUCAUGGUUGAUGUGUCGGUUUUUCUUGGUGCCAAUAAGACUCGAGCAGAAUCUGAUAUGAAGGCAUUGAUUGAUCUGGAAACUAAAAUUGCUCAGAUUAUUGUACCCCAUGACAACAGAACUAGUGAAUCUAUGUACAAUAAGAUGAACAUCUCAGAGCUGAGUACUGUCAUCCCUCAGUUUGACUGGCUAAACUAUGUGAGGAAAGUCAUUGAUUUCAAGAUGUAUCCUGACCUUAAAGAUAUCGAUUCUUCUGAAGAAGUCAUUGUCCGGGUGCCACAGUAUUUUAAAGAUCUGUUUAGAAUAUUAGAAAAUGAAGACAAAAGGACUCUUGCAAAUUACCUAAUAUGGAAAUUUGUGUAUUCAAGAAUUUCAAAUCUCAGUAGACGGUUUCAAUAUAGACAACUGGAAUAUAUACGGGUUCUUUUAGGAACAAAUACUUUGGCUGCACGCUGGGACAGAUGUGUAAAUUAUAUUGAAAAUGCUCUCCCUUACGCUGUUGGAAAGAUGUUUGUGGAUUCUUUUUUCCAAGAGGACAAGAAAUUAAUGAUGGAAGAAGUGAUCGAAGGGAUCCGUUGGGCUUUCAUUGACAUGCUGGAAAAAGAGAAUGACUGGAUGGAUGAAGCGACCAAAAUUAAAGCCAAGGAGAAGGCAAAAUCGGUAAUGGCAAAAGUAGGGUACCCUGGGUUUCUAAUGAAUGAAACCUACAUUAAUGAAGACAUUAAAACACUAAAAUUUUCCGAGUCAGACUAUUUUGGAAAUGUGCUGCAGACGCUACAUUUUCUAUCACAAUCAGAUUUCUACUGGUUGAGAAAAGACGUUCCAAAAAAAGAAUGGUACACCAGUCCUACCACUGUGAAUGCAUUUUACAGUUCAUCUACAAACCAAAUUAGAUUCCCAGCUGGAGAGCUUCAAAAACCUUUCUUUUGGGGAACAGAAUAUCCACGAUCCCUCAGCUACGGAGCAAUUGGAGUCAUUGUUGGCCACGAGUUCACACAUGGCUUUGACAGUAAUGGCCGGAAAUACGACAAAGAUGGAAAUUUACAUCCCUGGUGGACCACAGAUUCAGAGGAAAAAUUCAAAGAAAGAACAAAAUGUAUUGUGGACCAAUACAAUGACUAUUACUGGAAGCUUGCUGGAAUGAAUGUAAAAGGAACGAAGACAUUGGCAGAAAACAUUGCAGACAAUGGGGGAAUGAGAGAAGCCUUUCGUGCAUACAGAAAAUGGAUCCAAGAGAAAAGAAGUGGAAAAGAGGAACUACUUCUUCCAGGUGUAGAUCUUAACCACAAUCAACUGUUUUUCUUAAGCUAUGCUCAUGUAAGGUGCAAUACUUUCCGCCCUGAAGCUGCAAGAGAAGUAAUAAUUAAUGGAGUACAUAGCCCACCUCAGUUCCGGGUAAUUGGUGCAAUGAGUAAUUUUGAAGAAUUUCGUAAAGCUUUCAACUGUCCAGAGAACACAUUAAUGAAUCGUGGAUAUAAUUCAUGCCGAGUAUGGUAGAAGUGAAGACUCAUUUUAUGUAAUAUGCGGACUGCUGUUUGAGCUGCUGUAUAAAUUGUUUUAUGGUAUUUCACUUUUGGAACCAAAGAGGAUAAUCCACUUUAUUGUUUUAGAGCUGUUUGGAAAAAUUAUUAUGAGGAUUAAACAUCCAUGCUGUUUUAGGAUUGCUCAUGGAUACAUCUCUCAUGCUAAGAUAGCAUAGCCAAGUAUCUACUGUCCUUGUGCGUGGGAACAUCGAAGGGGACUUCACUUAAAAGGACAACAAGCUAUCAACUGUCUAUGUAAGAAUUACCCAUAAGACAGUAAAUGUUAAUCAAAGGUUGAAUAAUGGUUGCUCCAAAAAGUUUUUUGUGUAUUUUUUUAUUUGUGAAUUUAGAAUCAUUUGAACAAUGACAAGACAAAUUCAAAGUGGUUUUAUACUUUUACAUAUUGAGCUGAUAUAACUGACUUCUUAAUGUGCUCCAGUUAAAUGUUCUAAUUUUUCUCCUCAUCCAUAGCUUUCGGGGAUGGGGAGGGAAAUGUAUUAAUAGACAUACAUUUAUAUAGCAGUUUGUAGAUGUGUGUUUACUUACCCUUUGUCUUUGCUCAACACAUCCCGAGAUGUGUGGUGUGAGAUUACUAGCUUUUUAAGAAAAAAAAAACAUUAUUUUGCAAUACUCCAUAGUCAUGAGAUGUCUAUCCUGUAUGUGUCUUAGUGGCCACCUAAUGUUUCUGUUGUGAAUUUUAGUUUCUCAAGGUUUUGCAAGGAUGUCGUAAUGUUGUGUUGAAUUUGUUUUAUGAAAAAUUGGAGUCCUUAAGGGGGUUUUGUGAC